AUGUCGAUCUCUGUGGAAGUGGUACUGUUAAGUGGGAAGCGGAAGAAACUAUAUCUGGACGCGGACACUCCCCUCGAGCUCGUGAGGAAGCAAUCUCAAGACGCCUUCCAGUUCAAUGGCAAACUGAUGACGUCUGCAGGGGAGGCCUUGAGUGGCGCCACGACGGUUACCGAGGCAGGCCUAAAAGACGGCGAUAUCUUGACCCUGACGAAGCAGCCAGUUUCUGUAGCAGCUUCAGCUUCGGCGUUCGCAGCGGUCCUCAGCGACGGAUCUGUCGUGACCUGGGGAGAUCCAGCAUCUGGGGGAGACAGCGGACACAUGCAGAACCGGCUAGUGAACGUGCAGCAGCUAAAGGCAUCUGAGACCGGCUUUGCAGCUAUCCUUGCAGAUGGAUCUCUCGUUGCAUGGGGCGGUGUGUCGGAGGAAGAAGGAUGCAUAGUUCCGAAAGGCCUGAGAAACGUUGCGAAGGUGCAGUCCUCUGAGCGAGCAUUCGCUGCCAUCCUGGGUGACGGAUCUGUUGCGACCUGGGGCGCGGCAGAAAGUGGUGGUGACAGCAGCGCCGUCCGCGACCUUCUGUGCAAUGUUCAGCAAAUCCAGGCCACUCGCUUCGCUUUUGCUGCUAUAACCGGAGAUGGAAGGGUAGUAACCUGGGGCAACCAGUGGGGAGGGGGCAACAGCAACGCCGUCAGUGAGCAGUUAAACUGCGUGCAGAAGGUCCAGGCCACCUCGCAAGCAUUUGCUGCCAUUCGCACGGAUGGAUCUGUUGUGACCUGGGGCUGUCCUGAAUUCGGCGGGAACAGCAGCGCAAUUCAGCAUCUACUGCAUGAUGUGACUGAAGUGCAAGCAACAGCUUCGGCUUUUGCCGCGAUCCGGCAGGAUGGCUCGGUUGUGACGUGGGGAUGCCCUCUAGAAGGUGGUGACAGUACUCCUGUCCAGGAUCAGCUGCGUGAUGUACAUGAGAUCCAGGCCUCACAGUUCGGCUUUGCUGCUAUCCUCCGCGACAGAUCUGUGGUCACUUGGAGGUCCGACUUCGGUGGUGACAGCCGCGCGGUGCAGCACCAGUUGAGGAAUGUACUAAAGGUGCAGGCAAACACCGGAGCCUUCGCGGCGAUCCUUGAAGACGGAUCAGUCGUGACGUGGGGUGACCAACACGGCGGCGGAAACAGUCGAUCUGUUCGCAAGUCACUGAAGAAUGUGCAGCACAUCUCAGCCUCGGCUUACGCGUUCACGGCCAUCACCUCGGAGGAUCGGGCGGUGACCUGGGGAAACAUCCCAGAAGGUAUCCUGGAGAACAUCUGGCAAGUACAGGCGUCCCGCUACGCCUUUGCGGGCAUACAGGGCGAUGGCUCCGUGCUCUCUUGGGGCUCGCCGUCUCUGGGUGGUGACAGCAGCUCCGUCCGUCAGCAGCUAACCCAGCAACCCUAA